GGGAACUCCAUGUUGUGCGUUCAUUCCAACCUCGAUCAUUCAUCCCUCUUCGCAAGAUUUUCGUCGCUUCCACCGAUAGGAAGCCUUGCGCAGGCACUUGCAGUCGCGAUCAUGAAUGACGCGGCGCUGAACGUCUGUCGCAGCUGAGCGAUCUCUUGGGCCACACCUCUGACAACAUGUCAGCACCGCCAGCGCCUCUCCCACCGCUGCUGCACCCUCAGCAAGCUGCGUCACCCACACCUUCUCGUGGAGAUGGCAUUCCCGUCGAGGUGGAAGAUGCGUUGAGGGCGUGGGGCGCGCAGACGAUCCAAGAUGCUACCAUGCUGUUGGAUCUGCCGCAAGUGGCCGCUGCUACUGCCUGCACCCUCUUUCAGAGAUUCUGGUUCGUUAGCAGCAUGCGUGACUUUUCCGUCAUUGAUUUUGCUCCUGCUGCUUUGUUUUUGGCUUCGAAACUCGUUGAAGCGCCUUUGCGGCUGCGCGACCUGCUCAACGUGUUCGAGUACCUCAUCAAGCGCGCAGAGCACUACUCGGAGCAUUGCGGCGAGCGAGGUAUAUGGUUCUACAAGGACCCAACCACCGCGAUAGAACCAGCAAGCACCACUGGUCAUUCCACUAAGAAUGGUAGUGACGAGGCCGGCCCGCCGUCGUAUCAACACAAGGUGUCGGGGUACUUUGCUCAGAGCUUUUACGACGCCAAAGACGCACUGGUGGUGGGAGAGAUGCAGAUCUUGAAACGACUUGGGUUCAAUACGAACGUCGUGCCGCCUCAUGCCACCAUGGUCAAUUAUGCUCAGAUGCUGGGCAUCACACAGCAGAACGAGCUAAUGCAGAGAGCCUGGGGCACGCUCAAUGACAUGUUCCAGACAUCGCUUCCGUGCCUCUUUCCGCCACACGUGCUCGCCGCUGCAAGCAUUUAUCAGCUGACGCUCACGCCGAGUGGGUCGGAAGCUGCAGAAAGCACAUCAGAGAGACAAUCGCUACUUAGCCUACCGCUUGAUCCAGCUCCUUGGUGGGAGCUUUUGGAUGUGAGGGAGUGGGAGCUCAGGGCUGUAUGCGCUCAUCUUGCGCGACUUUAUAGGAGAAUCGCCCCGCUCAUUGCGUGGAGAGAUGGAGGAGCUGUGAGAUUGGCAAGUCGUAAGGGUAUCAGACGUUGGCUGGAUGCUCGUAAUCAGACAUAGAUUGUUCCUGCGCGAUGGUGAGAAUGCGUCCAGGCGAAGCUAUGCAUCAGCAUCCAUCGAUGCACUGUACCUCUUUGGCUACCGCUCUUAGGGUCGAAAGGGAGGCGCAUAUGACGGUUGCUCGAACACAUUUGCCCUGUACGCGAUCCAUACACACUGUUGGGCUCACUAAGCUCUGCUGUUGCGCUUCUGACUGAGCUCGGCCU